AAUAUUCGUGUCUCUAAGCCGACACGUCUUUGAACAAAGUGCUUAACGGCCGAUCGAUUGAUGUGGUUAACGCUCAGUGAAGUUAGUCGAGAACGAUCAGGUGUACGUAACAUUGCUCGCGUAAGAGUGAAAGUGCUGCAACCAUCACUUACCUCCUCCACGCAAUGUUCACUUCAAAUGCAAGCGCCUCGGGUGAAAGUUUUGCUACCGCCAUUUUUGAUCGAUUUUUGUUUUACCUGGAGCGAACUUUUACGUGUACUCAUCCUUUCUAUUUCAAUAGUGAGACUUCGUCUUCUUACCGCAGGUCAUCUUCAUGGCGCAUUUCUUGUACUGAAAAAAAAAAAACAUCAACAAUAACUCAGCCGCUAGCAAAGGCAAUUGAUAGCCUUGCAUACGUCCACCUCCAAGGCCUUUGAUAAUCACAGCAUAGGACAAAGCCAUUCGCAUAAAUAGACGGAGCUCCUCGCACAGAUUCUCGUAUUCACACACAAAUCAUAGAAGCGACUAGUGCCUUACAAUCGUCAUGCAUUUCACAGAUUUUCUGACGUUUUUCGGAGCAGCGGUGCUGGUGAUACGAUUAAAAGAAUCGCAAGCUUUUAAUCUCGGAAGGAAUGUUUCUUUCAUCGCCAAUCUAGAUGAUCAUAAUUCUCACGAUGGCCCGACAGAUAAGGUGGAACGUGCCCAGGAGCCAGCCCCUCUAGACAGCGAUAACACUCGUGAUGGUGAUUUGUUUUCAGAAGUGGGCGAUCAGUUAACGGAGCAAGACAAUGCCAAAAAGAUAAUCGACGGACCGUUUUUCCGGCAAAUUGUUGAACAAAAGGGAUUCUCCAACGUUAUUUUGAGUUCGCAAAUCGACAGCUUUUUGGCGACUACCCAGAAAUCGGCCGUCGUUCAAUCACCGGCAGCCGACAGCAGGAAAUCCAUUGCCAGGCCAUUUGGUGUCCUUGUUGACAUUUCCUCUGAACUUGGCGAUCGUGUUCCAUUUCCCGUUAAUCAAGUGGCUGACGGCCGAGCCUCAAACAAGGACACACAAUUGAACGUUGUUCGUUUAAGACAUUCUAACGAACGUGACGAUGAAGACGACAGUUUGGAAGAUAUUAUAAGAGCACGUCCAGUCAAAGACGGCAAUCAACUUUCUCCGCUGGAACACGAACGAUCGCCUAUUAGUUUAGAUGCGACGGAUUUCCAUAACCGUCGUGAUAAUGAAUUUUUAAUUCAGCCAGAAUCCGAAGACUGGUUCCUUGUCAAACAGUACAUGGACGACGAUUACUUUCGCAACGCGGCCGAAGAAUUGGCUGGAGAAUAUUUCUGGCAACCGGUUAAACAUUCAAAGAGACUCGAUUCAGAAUCAGCCGAGGAGUCGAACGAGUCGAAUUAAUUCAUUACGCACGCCCACUUAGUGUCUGCCAACUAUGUGCGGGAUGGUUCCUAUAUAUAACGCUCUCGACGAAAACCUGCAGCAAGUUUUAGACGUCUAUUGAAUAUUAUUACGUGACCAAGUUCCGUUAUGUAAAUUACAGAUUUUCGACCGGUUGUAUGUAUUCAUGUGUUUUCCUCCUAUAAUUCUUCGUGUCAUUGUAUGUACGACGAACAUUACAAAUUGACUAAUUA